GUUAAGGAAAAAAUUGACUUGCAACGAUAACGAAGAUUGUUCAAAUAAUAUUACGUCUCUCGUAUGUUUGCUGUCCCACUAGUCAAGGUGACAUGCGCUGCUUCAAAUCAGCCCGAUUCCUUCAGAUCAACCACAGAAUCCAAGAGGAAGGCGAGAUUGAGCGCUCAGAGACAGGCGGCAGCCUCGUUAAGCAUAAUUGGUUUCUGCAGUCUCGAUUUAAUGCCGAUAUUGCUGGGUGAGAGAUCGCACACCGAGAGACUGAUCGUGGAGACGGCGAGUCUCGCGCUCGAUGCGAAUGCGAUCUCGUGGCAGAAUCUACCCGUGCUAACCGUAACGAUAACCUACGACGAUGCUGAGAUAUUCCCCGCGGAUGCGAAAAUCAACUUUCUGAGCGUUACCGUCGAGAGUAUCCAUAAUCCGCCGGCUUUCUUCGCCGAGGACGAGGAGUACCGAGCUGGCACGAUAGUGUACGUCGAUAAUGAGUCUCCGGAGAAUCUGAUAUUCAGAAAUGGUAUGUGGACCAAGUGUCGCAGUACGGAGAAAACCAAACGAUGGCAGAGCCUGUCGAAGCUGCAAAGUCGCGCCAGAUUGUCCAAGUACAAGCUCAACCGCGAUUAUACAGAUAUAAAAGAUACUCUCAGCGUGAAACUCAACUUAGAGGACAAAGCGCUGAGGGACGAGCCGAGGAUCGAGUGGAAUUCUAUGAAUCGUAAAGUGAUAUACGACGCGGGCUUGCUGAUGAUGCAGAAGCACAUUAACGAGUACAUAUUCUUGAAAAAAAAACUUCUCGAGUGGCGACGGCCAGCGGAAGUUCGCGGCGUCGUCAUCACAAAGCAUCUUCUUCACAGGUACAAAUAUUGGCCCUUUCAAUUUCUGACGGUCGAGAAAAGCUCGGAGGACGACGAAGUUGAAUCGAAGACGGAACGACCGGCCAAACGUCGGCUUUACCAAUGUUACAUUGACAUGUCGGAACUGCUUCUGCCGGGAAAAACGAGUACUCGCGUAGUGGCGCAAUUGCACUCACACGGUCCGUCCGACAUGCUGGAGAAAACCGGUUUGGAGAGAAACAUUUUUGUGGAUCCUCGGAACGAAGAUUUGGGGGAGCGAGAACGGAAGAAUCAUGCGCUUGAGAUUGUGGACGCUGAGCGAAGUGCUCCGUUAAUUUCGGAAAACGGAGAGCCCGUUUUUGUCAUAAUUGAAAUUAUGCUUUAUUACCCAAUUAUUCCUCGCAGAUUCGAAGCCGAAUUUUCAGACAUGAUCGAAGAAAUGAUGAUUCUGCGACCACCGAAACCUCGUUACGUUUAUUCUGGCGACAUGGCGGAGGAACAGUACGAAGCUUGUAUUCGGAAACUGGUGGAAAUUCUCACGGAGAGUUAUCGGGUAUAUACUGAACUUCUCGUGCCGCGCGUAUCCGGACGCUGAAAGCUAAUUAUUCACGU